UUCCAAUUUUAUUUUGCAUACCAAAUUGUUCAUUCUCAACAAAUGAAUUACACAACUUCCUCAUAUCCUUUAGAAAUUACAAUAAAAACGGCAGAAGCUCUGACCAUACGAAAUCAAAAACCCAUUUUAAAAAAUGUGUUUGUUACAAUUUCUAUUGAAAAUAAUGGCUACAUGAACCAAAUACAAACUAGACUUUGUGACCCGAGCAACACUAAGCCUACAUGGAACGAGAAGUUGAUCAUGUCUAUGCCUACGAAUGUGAAAUUUAUUAUAUUAGAGGUUCGUUACAAAAGGAAAUCUAAUGAUAAGUUUAUAGGUCUUGCUAAGGUUCCGACCUCGGAUUUUGUUGGUAAUAAAAUGCCACUAAAUUACUUGCAUUGCUUAAGCUAUAGAUUAAGAGAUCGUGAUGGUGAACCAAAUGGGAUUAUUAAUUUUAGUGUGAAUGUAAAAAGGACUAAAUUAGAUUCUCAAUUUGAUGGAAAUUACAAUAGUAAGGAUAAAAUUGAAAUACAUGGAUUUAACUGUAGAGAAAAUUAUUGUGCUCCUCCUAAAUUACCAUGGGCAGGGUCGACUUUGUUAGGUGAUAGGAGCAAAAAUACUGCUACUGUUGUUGGAGUUCCUGCAGCUUGGUAAAAUUCAUGCCAUGCAUGAUGAAUUUUACAAAUAUUUGAAUUUAGAAAAUUGCUAUAAUAUUUUAUAUUUUUUCAUUUGUUCUAUUUGUAUAUAUUGAUUGAAAUAUGAUUUAAUCAUAUUAACAAUUUGAGUAUUAGUAUACUUUUUUGUCUUAUUAAAUUUAAUUUUGUUAUAUAAAAUGAAAUAUUAUGUGUCACUUUCAGCAAAAUCAAAUAGCUAGACA